GAUUUUUUCGUUUUUCUUUGCUUUUUUGGGCAACGCCGGAGCAAGCGGCGACUCUCUCUCCCUUCCCUUCCCCCCGCCUUUAUUUUGUCCCCCUUUUUUUUUUCUUCUUCUUCUUCUUGUUCUCAGUUUUGAUUUUUUUCUUCUCGAUCCGAUUUUUCUGUAAAUUUUCUCGCAGCGGGAGGAGGCGCGGCCGGCGCAUCCCCCCGCGGGAGGCGGCGGGACCCGCGGCCCCAGCGCGGAGACUGGCGCAUGCCACAGCCCGCCUCGGCUCCGCUGCCCCCCGCCGCUGCCCCCCGCCGCCGCCGCAUCCCGCCUGCCGGCCCCUUCAUGCUCGGCGGACGACAUGCCCGUUUUGUAGCCGGGGGCCCCUCCUCUCGUCCCGCAUGUUCAGGACCAAACGCUCGGUGCUCGUCCGGCGGCUCUGGCGGAGCCGCGCGCCCGGCGGCGAGGAGGAGGAGGAGGCGGCGGCGGGCGAGCCCGGCGCGGCGGCGGCGGUGGCCGAGCCCCGGGCGCACUUGGGCGGGGGGCGCGGGUGCUGCCCGGGCAAGGCGGGCCGCGGCGGGCGGGCUGCGGCGGGCGCGGAGGCGGAACUGAAGGCGCUGACCCACGCCGUGCUGAAGCGGCUGAAGGAGCGGCAGCUGGAGGGGCUGCUGCACGCCGUGGAGUCCCGCGGCGGGGCGCGGACCCCCUGCCUGCUGCUGCCCGCCAAGGCCGACUCGCGGCUGGGACAGCACUGGUACCCGCUGCCCGUGCUGCUGUGCAAGGUGUUCCGCUGGCCCGACCUCCGCCACUGCUCCGAAGUGAAGCGGCUAUGUUGCUGUGAAUCCUACGGCAAGGCUCACUCCGAGCUCGUCUGCUGCAACCCGCACCACCUCAGCCGGCUCUGCGAGCUAGAGUCUCCCCCUCCACCCUACUCCAGAUAUCCAAUGGAUUUUCUCAAACCAACUGCAGAUUGUCCAGACUCUGUGCCUUCCUCCACUGAAACAGGGGGAACUAAUUGUCUAGCCCCUGGGGGGCUCUCAGAGCCCUGCCUGUGUUUUCCCGUUCCCCCUACUUCCACCUCCCUCCCCUACGGAGUUUAUAACCUCCUGUGA